AUGGGAUGCGGAGUCCUCAUCUCUCCCUCCGCAAUGUUUGCAGCUCGAGGUCGCCUCAAGCCCGAUCUUAUACAGAUAAUUACCGAAACAUCCAUUUCCGGUAAUUAUGCGUGUAAGUCUAUAAGUGAAUCUACCUCCUCGACGAUCCAUCCAGGCUUCGAAUACCGGAAGGAAAGCUCCAACAACGCGUUUUCGCGCAUAACGCUCUUCACAGAGCCGAGCGCGCCACAUUGC